AUGUCGACGACGUUGAAUACCACGCAAGGCAUGAAGAUGGAUGUUGAGAGUCAAUUGGAGUCGAGGAUGCGGGAAGACUCACUUUCAAUGAUUGACCCUGAGAUGGAGAGACGAGUUGUGCGGAAAAUGGACAAACAUUUGAUGCCUUUAAUCAUUGGGCUAUCAUAUCUUGAUCGUUCGAACAUUGGCAAUGCGAAAAUUGCUGGUAUGCAAGAUGAUUUGCAUCUCGAUUCUGAUAGCUACGAAUGGCUCCUCACCAUAUUUUACAUAUCAUAUAUUAUAUUCGAACCAUUGGUUCUGAUGUGGAAGGUUAUACCACCUCAUAUGUGGGGCGCUAUAACUGUGGUGGGAUGGGCAUUAUCUGCAACAUUGCAAACGGCUGCAUACAAUUGGUCAGGAAUGAUGGCUGCUAGAUUUUUCUUGGGAGCUUUCGAAGCUUCUUUUGCACCUGGCAUCACAUUCUUAUUGUCUUUCUUCUAUCUAAGAAACGAGCUUGGACUUCGAUGCGGAUUUUAUCUUGGGGCAGCUCCUUUGGCAACGUGUUUUGCUGGUGCUCUAGCUUACGGCAUCACUUCUGGCCAUUUUCAUAGCAUUGCGGCCUGGCGUGUGCUUUUCCUUGUUGAAGGUCUACCCGCCAUUCUUGCAGGUAUUCUCACCUGGUUUCUCAUGCCCGACAGCCCCGAGAAAGCCAAAUUUUUGACUGAAGAGGAAGUUCUUGUUGCACAAGCUCGCAAAUUUCGGCAAGUAGGUACAAUUGAUUCUGAGCGACCACACGGGAUACAAUGGAGCGAGGUAGGGGCCGCCUUCCUUGAUCUCAAGAAUUGGAUAACGGCACUGAUGUACUUCUCCUGCAAUGUGUCAUUUGCUUCUCUGCCAGUCUUCCUACCGACCAUUCUUGCUGCGAUGGGCUUCUCAAAUAUCAAUGCACAAGGAUUGUCUGCUCCACCCUACUUUCUCGCUUUCCUGGUCGUAAUUCUUACAACAUGGCUCGCAGACAAGUAUUCUCAGCGUGGGUACACUAUACUUGUGCUCUCACUCAUUGGAGCAGCAGGAUAUAUCAUGCUUGCGGUAUCUUCCAGUACAGGAGUAAGGUAUGCUGGUGUAUUUUUGGCAGCUUCUGGCAUUUUCCCAGCUAUUGGAAAUAUUCUUCCAUGGGUGAUGAACAAUCAAGGUAGUGAGAGCAAAAGAGGCACGGGUAUUGCAAUUCUCAACGUUGUGGGACAAUGCGGACCUCUCUUGGGGACGAGAUUAUAUCCCAGUAUCGAAGGGCCUUAUUAUAGUAAAGGAAUGUGGGUAUGCGCAGCCUUUAUGCUCUUUAAUGGAGCAUUGGCCAUGGCCUUACGUUUUCUACUUACAUACGAAAACCGAAAAUUGGAUGAAAAGUAUGAAGUUGUCGGCGAUGACGUUAAUGGGAGUUCCAAGGAUUCAAGACAUGGUGGAAAUGAGAAUGAUGGACCUAAUUUCAGUUCCGGUUUUGCGUCUGCGUUUGAGACGGCUCUUAAUAUGCUGUGA